AUGUCUAAUUCCCAACCUAUGGAAAUUUGUUCGAAAGACGAGGUUGCCCCUUUUGAUCACAAGAAAGCAAACGAUCGAAUAAUAAAUCAAUCUCAACAGCUCCAAAAAGAACAUCAUUUCCAGCAAAUUGAACAAAUAACAAAUCAACAGCAUCAACAGUUCGAACAAAUAAUAAAUCCACCUCAACAGAUCCAGAAAAAUGAACAACAGAUCCAGCAAAAUGAACAAAUAUUAAAACAGAUCAAGGAAAAUGAACAAAUAUUAAGUAAACAACUUAAAGAGUUCAAUAAAAACGAACAAGUAUUAAAACAUCAAUAUCAACAGAUCCAGAAAAAUGAACAAACAAUAAAGCAACAAUACGCAUUAGGUCAAAAUAUCGAACAGCUCCAUAACGAAAAAGAACAGUUGAAAGCAGAUUUAAAAUUGAAAGAUCAGAAAAUACAAAAUCUGGUUGAUGCGCACACGUCCCUGAAAGACGAGGCUGCUAAAUAUCAACUCGCUUUGGGAGAGGCAACAAACUUUCGUUUUGGAGAUCAUGAUCCUAAUAAUGUUGGUCAACUGAUAAAUGAUAUCAACGGUUUAAAACAGAACCUUGAAAGUUUUUGUAGUUUGAAAAGAACCGAUGUAAAUGAGGAGGAGGCGAAAAAACUUUUGAAUAGAUAUGGAUGCUCUACCGAAACCACAGGAAAGAAACUUAACAAAACCCUAAUCGAAGGUGUCUUGCAACAACAUAUCAUCAAAACGGUCAUUCAAGAAGCCAACGAGCAACUCAAAACCGAAGGAAACCAAGAAACCAACGAGCAACUCAAAACUGAAGGAAACCAAAGAGUCAACGAGCAAUUCAAGUCCGAAGGAAAGGAUAUGCAAUAUCUGGAAGCAAACUUGGUUUCUACAAUGAAUAAGUUUCUAGAAUAUAUGGAUGAUUUUUCUAAAUAUCGUGUUGGAGCCGAUGAAGUUAUCUAUGCUGCUCCUACGAAAAUACGCCAGCUUGUUUAUGCUAUCCUUAGCAACCGAGGAUUUGCAAUCCCUGAUAAAGAAGGUGAGCAUCCGUUCAUUGCACAAUUGCGGGGAAAAAUUGUGGAAGAGGCUAAUCGUUACCGCACGAUAAAAAAACCCGAAAGAAAAAAUGAAAUCGAAUUGAUGGUUAUUGGGAUCAUCCAACAGAUAAUAUCGAUUUUCUGUUUCCGAUUGAAAGUUCAAGAACCUGUUGUGGAGUAUAAAUGGUAUGAAAAAUCCAGCAAAAUUGAACCGGAAUUUAUGGAAGUAUCAUGUGAUGAAAACGAGCUCGAUAAAAUAAUAGUUGAUAUUUGCUCGUUUCCUUUAAUUGGAACCAAUAUUGGUGACAAAAAAUGUAAAGUAAUCACUCAGGCAUCGGUUGUAGUAACCAAUCGUGAAAUGGGUUAUAUAGAAUCUAUGGCUAGUUAUAUAUUUUGA